AAACUGAUAUACUCCAGAAGUAAGUGAAAAUUUUGUUUAUCGAGCAAAUAACAGAAUCUUAUACAGCCUGAACCGUAGUGACUACCGAAAAUGGUUUUCUGAUUUUGAGGUUUUAGAAAUAGUCGAGAAAUGAUUAAUUUUGUCGACUGACAUCACGAAAUUGCAGCGAAGUGUCAGGUUUCAAACUGGCAACACGGCUGGCAUAUCGUGUUGUUGUGAAUCCGCAAAAUUCCAGCAGUUCCUUCUGGAGUUUUAAAAUAACUCGGUAACAAACGCAGCGAUGCAAAUCAGGGGAAAAAUCCCUAGCAGUUUAUAUUCACGCGUUGGUUUACUUCUAGCGGCUACAAGCACAAUAGUUCUCAUGUAUGUGUUCACGAGGAAAAAAUAUGUACAACCAGCUCAAAUUGUAUUAAACCGUAACUCAAGGCUUGUCGUUAAAUCUCCCAAGAAAAAAAAUUACACAAGUUAUGGAAAAGGCUGUCCCGAGAAUCCAUACAGGAGUCGUUUUAAAACUCUGCUAUCCGCUUGGGAGGGAAUCGCCGCCCGUCAGAACAUCACGGAUUAUUUUAUAUGUUUUGGAAGCUUGCUUGGCCAGACGCGAAAUGGCGAUUGCGUGCCUUACGACCACGACAUUGACGUGUGUAUGUUCAGAAGAGAUUUAUACAAACUCGAUCCGGAGGAGGAGAAACGACCUUUCAAAUACGAUGAUGGGACGCCUCAUAUGAUAAUACAGCGGCAUUGCCAUCAUCCGCCGGGGGACACGCCGCGACAGGAUUGUAAUGGAAAGGUUGUGACAAGUUAUACUGACAAAUGUGCCAUUGUGGACCCGUGCGCACGAAUCUUACUGGGUAGCCCCCCGUUCCUCGACGUUUUUGCAAUAAAGGAUAAGAACGAGGAGCUGUUCGACGAAUACAAGAGAGUCACUCAUAAAAGAGAUGUAAUAUUACCUUUUAAGCCUUGUGAAUACAUGGGCAUUAAGACCAAGUGCCCAAAUAAUGCGACAAAAUAUCUGACAAGAUAUUAUGGAGAAGAUCAUUUAAACAAGCCUAUCUACGUUUGUAAAGACGGAAUGUGGGUCAAACCUGAAACAAUAAAUCAAGUCGAACCCGAUGAUAUGGUACGAUGAAUGAAAUCAACGAUUAACUUUCAAUGGUUAGGACGCUGAAGACACAAAUCACUGUUUGGUCACAGUCAAAGUGUCCCGAGUCACGAGCCAGGAAAUGGUUUUAAUUAAAAUAAAAUGCAAGAUGUAACAAUUUGUAUUUUAAGUAAUUUAACUUGUUGGUAUUGAAUUUUUUUUGUUAAAUUAAUAUUUUCUGAUUAUGGCGUCACGGUCUA